UUGACAAAUAUUAGGGAGAAUGCAAUAUGGUAAUGUCUCUUGCUUGUGUUUUGGAUCCUAGGUGCAAGUUACAUGUUAUUAAAUUCUGUUUUCCUUUAAUUUACAAACCUGAGCAUGUGGCUGCUGAAAAUAUUGAAAAAGUGAAGAAUACAUUGCAAGAAAUGUAUGAUGAAUAUGCUGAAGAGUGUCAUGGUGAUACAAUAAUAAGUGGAGUUAACACUAAUGGUCUAGUUGCUUCUUCUAAUUUGGUUAGUUCUGAAAUUAGUGGAAUUGAUGAAAUGUUGAAUAUGGUUCGGAAAAAAGAAGCCAUUCAUCCAACAAAAUCAGAAUUAGAAGUUUAUCUUGAUGAGAGUGCUUACAUUCCUGAAGGCAAUUCUAAGUCUUUUAGUGCUUUGGAGUGGUGGAAAAACAAUAGCCUCAAGUUCAAGAUUUUAUCUAAAAUGGCAGCGGACAUAUUAGCAAUUCAUGUCUCAACAGUGGCUUCAGAGUCUUCAUUUAGUGCUGGAGGAAGAGUUAUUGAUUAA